AUGCCAGUGUCCGAUUUACGAGCUCUUGUGAAGCAGGAGCGUCAUGCGUGGAUUACUAUGGAGAACAUUGAGGAGUUCUUGGAAGCGUAUGACGAAGUGCGUGAUAAGUGCGUAGUGCAGUUUCGCAUGCAGAAACUUGACGAAGUGUACGACAAGUAUUGUGAAGUGCGAGUACAAAUUGAGGUUCAAACCGACGAUCUGGAUAUACAGGAUGCAGCUAAGGAUGAAUCCGGUGAAAGAAGACCGCAGGACAUGGCUGAGGCUCGGAAGAGGGAGAACGAAGAAAUCUUUAAGGAGUUUGAGAAUAAAUACUUCAGACUGAAGCAGCAGUUAUUUUCGAAGACGGUCGGAAACGCUGGAGAUGUGUCGGGACGGCAAACGGUAGGCGAAGCGUGUCAGCCGUCACGGAUAAAGUAUCCAGAGCUGAGGCUGCCCACUUUCUCUGGCAAGCUUUCUGAAUGGAUCAACUUCCGGGACAAUUUCAAGUCAUUGAUCCAUGACAACAAUCAGUUGAAUUGCAUUGACAAGUUCAACUAUCUUCGAACGUCAUUGAAGGAUGAAGCUCAACUCCAGAUCAACCAAAUCCAGGUCAGCUCUGCAAACUACGCCCUUGCUUGGGCCACUCUGGAGGCCAAAUACGAGAAUCACAAGCUGAUUGCUCAAGAACACUUGAGAGCCAUUUUCGCGGUUGCUCCGAUGAAGGUGGAAGGCUACCAGGGAUUGAAUCAUCUCCUAACGACAUUUAGGGUCAAUUUGCAGCAGCUGGAGAAGCUAGGAGAGAUUACCGACAACUGGGGUACGCUACUCGCGUUCAUGCUUUCCCAGAAGCUUGAUGACGAUACGAUGCGACACUGGGAAACGCAUCACAGUUCAAAGGACAUUCCAUCGUACAAGCCCAUGGUGGAGUUCCUGGAGAAACACUGCGCUAUUCUUCAGUCCACGUCAGCGCGAAGGAGCAUCGAGUUCAAGAGGCCGGUUAAGAGUCAAGUGGUUCAUGCUGCAGUGUCAUCUGAUGCGAUUUGCCAAGUCUGCAACGGUGGAUCGCAUUCCAUUGAGCAGUGUAGACGCUUCGGGAAAAUGAAGGUCAUCGAUAGGAAGAUGAUCGUGCGGAAGCUUGGAUUGUGUCUGCAGUGUCUGCGAUCUGGACACUUUGUCAUGGAUUGUUCGAGGUCUGCUUGUGGCAAAUGCGGAGGAAAUCAUCAUUAUAUGCUCCAUCCAUACGUCGCUCCGGUAAGCCAGGAGCAAACUUCAAGCCAACCCUCCUCCCAAGUUCAAACGAAGAGACCUCAAGUCGCGAACCCACCGUCACAGCACUCACAUCAGGCCCAAACCCGGAACAAUUCACACAACAACCCACAGCCUACACAAACACCAAGUACAUCUUCGCAGUAUGCACGCUUGAUACCUCCCACCAAUACUCCUACAAUACACCACACUGCUACAACAUCCGAAACACACCAUCAGUCAAGCAUUGUGCUUCUGUCUACCGCUAUCGUGAAACUUGGUGAUCGUCACGGAAACACCGUAUUUGCUCGCGCUUUGCUGGACAACGGUUCACAGAUCUGUAUUAUGUCCGAGUCGUUGUCUCAGAAGUUGAAGUUCCAGCGAGAUCGAGAAAAUUUGCCUGUGAAAGGUGUGGGUGGUUGUUCGUCUGUCAGCAAGCAAGCAGUGUUAGCUACAAUUUCUUCGUGCAAUUCGUCGUACGUGUCGUGUGAACUGAAGUUCUAUGUGCUGUCAAAGAUUACGUCGAACCUGCCGCAGCAAAGCUUCGAUAUUUCCUCGUGUCAUUUACCGGAGGGAAUUUCUCUGGCGGAUCCAAACUUCAACGAGUCUGGGGCGGUUGACGUGAUUUUGGGUGCGGUUAUCUUCUACGACCUCCUUUUGGACUCACAGCGAAAGCUCCCUGGUUCGGGAUUGAUUCUUCGGAACACACAGCUGGGAUGGAUUGUUGCCGGAAGUAUUCCAGAUGCCUCUGUGGUCAGCUACAACACGGUAGCCUCUGCGCCUGUGACUACGGAAGAACUCCGUGAGGAACUAGCGAGGUUCUGGGAGCUGGAAUCAUGUCGCACGAAGAGCUGUCUGUCCAUCGAGGAGUCUGCAUGCGAAGCUAUUUUUAAGGAGACAACUACCAGAGAUUCAGAUGGCAAAUUUCGAGUAACGCUGCCGAAGAGAAAGAACAUGAUCGAGAAGUUGGGAAAAUCGAAGCUGAUAGCAAAGAAACGUUUCCUGUCAAUGGAGAAACGGUUGGACGCCAACACAGAAAUGAAGGCGCUAUACACAGCUUUCAUGCACGAAUACUUGCAAAUGGGGCAUAUGCAAGAAGUCGUAAACGGCAGCGAAGAUGAAGUUUCUGCUCCGGAAUAUUAUAUCCCGCACCACGCAGUGCUGAAGCCCGACAGCACGACUACAAAACUAAGAGUAGUUUUCGAUGCAUCCUGCGCUACUGAUUCUGGUGUGUCAUUGAAUGACGUCUUGAUGGUGGGACCUGUUGUUCAAGAUGAUCUCCGAAGUAUCCUGUUGCGGUUUCGCAUGUUUAAAUAUGCUAUUGUUGGAGACGCGGAGAAAAUGUACCGGAUGGUAUGGCAAAGCGAGCAGGAUCAGCAGCUGCACAAAAUAUUCUGGAGAGAUACGUCCCAGGAGCCAUUGCGGACGUUUAAGCUCACCACUGUGACGUAUGGUACGUCAUCAGCACCCUACCUGGCUACUCGGUGCCUAAACCAGUGUGCCGAAGAAGGAGCGGAUCGCUAUCCCGUUGGAUCUAGGGUGGUCAAACGGAGCUUCUAUGUGGACGACAUGCUAGCAGGAUCGCAUACCAUCGAAGAAGGCAUUCUACUGUGCAAGGAAGUUCUGGAGCUUCUGAAGGGGUCAGGAUUCAACCUGAGAAAGUGGAAUUCCAACAAUUCGCAGAUUUUGAGAACGAUUCCUUCCCAUCUGAGAGACGAUCGUGAACUUCUGGACUUGGACGAAAAGACAACUGUCAAGACUCUGGGCAUUACCUGGGAGCCAGCUACCGACACGCUAUGGAUCAAAGUUCCUGAUCUGAGGCCAAGUGGGCCAAUCACGCACCGUGUGGUGCUAUCAGAGAUAGCUCGUUUGUUUGAUCCAUAUGGGUUAGUUGGUCCGGUGGUUGUCCAGGGGAAAAUAUUCCUUCAAGAGUUGUGGAAGGGAAAAUACUCGUGGGAUGAGCCACUCAGCGAAGAACUUCAGUCACGAUGGUUGGAGUUCAGAACCAAUCUUCGAGAGUUGGACACGGUAUCUGUUCCUCGCGAUGCAAGCGAUAAGGCGUACGGUGCAGCGGUUUAUUUGCGCUGUAUGGACCGAAACGGAAAUAUUACCGUCAACCUGCUGAUGGCAAAAUCUAGGAUUGCGCCAUUGGAGGAUCUCAGCAGAAAAAAGAAAAGGCAGUCCACGCCCAGGCUGGAGCUAUCUGCAGCGCUACUGUUGGCGCACUUGUACGAAUUUGUCUCAACCAGCUUGGCGAUUGAAGCGAAGUCAUUUUUCUGGACUGAUUCUACAAUUGUCAAAUGCUGGAUUUCCUCACACCCGUCAAGAUGGCAAGCUUUCGUGGCCAACCGUGUAUCGGAGAUACAGCACACCACAAAGGAUGGUUCUUGGAACCAUGUUCCGGGGAUCGAGAAUCCUGCGGAUAUAAUAUCGAGAGGAGCAACUCCAGCUCAAAUAGCGGACAGUUCCCUGUGGUGGACUGGACCAGAUUGGUUGAAAAUGGAUACACAGUAUUGGCCAGUAAGCACGCUGGCUCCAGAACAGCAAUUCGAUUCGGUGACCCUGGAAGAAAGACCGCUACUGUCAGCCGUUCUACAGAUUCUGCCUCCAAAUGAAAUCUUCACGCUGCGAUCGACUCUGCUGAAUACUAUACGCAUAACUGCUUGGAUCCGUCGGUUCUCGUUCAACUGCAAACCACGAAACAAAUUUCAGCGAAGGUGCGGCAUCAUAACAGCCGCCGAACACGAAGCAGCAUUACUAGUUUUGGUGCAACUCGCCCAAUCGGAAUGCUUUCCGCUGGAAUUGUCUGAUCUUGCGUCAAAAAAUGAAGUCAGAACAACAUCGAAGCUCCGAAACCUUAACCCGAUAAUGGUUGAUGGGACACUAUGCGUUGGCGGCCGGCUUGGAAAUGCUCCAGUUUCGCGAGGGCGCAGACACCCGAUUAUCCUGGAUAGCCGCCAUCCUUUAACGAAGCUAAUUGUAAUCGACUACCAUCACCGACUGCUCCAUGCAGGGCCUCAGUUGAUGAUAUCAUGCAUACGGGAAAGAUUUUGGCCACUGAGUGUGAGAAACUUGGCCAAAAGGGUGACGCAUGAAUGCGUCAAAUGUUUUAGAGCGAAACCAACGGUUCACGAGCAGCUGAUGAGAGAUUUGCCGAUUGAGAGAGUUUCGCCUGCUCCUGCCUUCCAACGGGUGGGAAUUGACUACUGUGGACCCUUCGAACUGCAGCCUGCAACGAGGAAAGGCGCUCCUGUGAAAUGUUACCUCUGCGUGUUCGUUUGCAUGGCGUGCAAAGCCGUACACAUCGAGGUAGUUAUGGACCUAACUACAGAAGCAUUCCUUGCCGCUCUGAGAAGAUUCGUCGCCAGACGUGGGAAGCCAAUCGAAAUCUACUGCGACAAUGCGACAAAUUUCGUUGGAGCACGGAGGCAGCUGAGUGAGUUAGACCGCAUGUUUCAGCGACAGCAACUUCAAGAGCAGCUUUGCGCAGAAACCUCAAGAGACUCGAUAACCUUCAAGUUCAUACCGGCCAAGUCACCCAAUUUUGGCGGCUUGUGGGAAGCUGCGGUGAAAUCGCUGAAGGGCCAUAUGAAAAGGGUCAUUGGUAACAGGAUGCUGAAACCUGAUGAGAUGCACACCAUCGUAGCUCAAAUAGAGGCAUGCCUCAAUUCGAGACCUUUGACUCCGCUUAGCAACGACCCGAACGAUUUGGAAGCAUUAACUCCAGGUCAUUUCCUGGUGCAGCGUCCGCUCACUGCGAUGCCGGAACCUAGACUUCUGGAGCUACCGGAGAACAGACUCUCCAGGUGGCAGAUGAUGCAGCGGUUCAACCAAAUUAUCUGGAGACGAUGGUCAACUGACUAUCUGUCGAAUCUUCAGAGUCGCAACAAGUGGACAAAGCACCGGAACAACUUGAACGUUGGAACUAUGGUUCUAUUGAAAGAGGAUAAUAUUCCACCUCUCAAGUGGCGACUGGGACGCGUGACCGAGAUCCAUCCAGGGCAAGAUGAAAACGUGAGGGUUGUCACCGUUCGCACAAAGGAGGGUCAAUAUCGCCGGGCAAUCUCCAAAAUUUGUAUUCUGCCCAUCAGGGACAACCAGACCGAUGAACCAACACGCCAGCAAUAA